AUGCUGAGCGUGGUGAUUGGGGCCACCCAAUUGUCUCAGCCGGGCCCUGGGGCACAAGUGCGCCUGGUUAAGAAGCUACUGUGUCAUGAAAAUUAUAAGAAACAUGAAUUGAGCUAUGACAUUGCCUUGCUGCAACUGAAUGAGCCUGUCGAAUGCAACCCUUACAUUCAUCUGGCCUGUGUAGCUGACCCAAUCCUAGGAGUGUCAGUGUCACAGCAGCAAAACUGCUGGGUGGCUGGUUGGGGUAUUACCUCUGCAAACGCUCUAACCUCAAGUGACAUCCUACAGGAGGCCAAGGUCCAGGUCAUUGAUCUCCAGCUCUGCAACAGCAGUGACUGGUACGCAGGGGACAUCCACACCCACAACUUGUGUGCUGGUUACCCAGAAGGCACCAUCGACACCUGCCAG